UAUUAUUAUUACUAUUAUUAUUAUUAUUAUUAUUAUUAUUAUGAGAGAGAGAAGGAGAGAUGUGGGAAAAGGGGGAGAAACCCAUAAUCACAAAAAUGGAAAGGAGAGAAGAAACAAAAGAAGAAUAAAGACGAGAGAGAAAGACAUGAGAGAGAGAGAAAAGUUAAAUCAGCCCAUCCACAGAUGGCAGGACAGUUGUCAGAGCUAAGUGGACUACCUGUUGAGCAUAUCUAUUAUGCAAAGGAUUUAAUGUCAUUUCCUGUUGAGAUAUUGUGUCUUGAUAUUGAGAAUAAGUUGAAAUGGUAUUUUAUCACUUCAGACAGAGACUCAGUAAAAAUAUAUGAUGGGCAUGUCAUAUAUUACAAAGACAAUAGAGAGACAGUGAAAGAGUUAACAGAUAGAGAGAGAUCAGAAAUACAAGAGGCAGAGGAUGCAAGGUUGAAGAAAAUUAAGGAAUUCAAAUCAAAACAUGGACAUUGGUUGUAUUAAUUUAUUAUUUUAAUUUUUUAAUCUUUUAAUGUUAAAAUUCACAAAAAUUUAACCUAGCCAGAAUA